AAAGUGAUUUUUCUGGACUGCUGUGCUAGUGCUAGUAGUGCGUCUUUCGUAAUUUCAUUCGAUUUUCUUGAAACUAUUUUGAUUACUCUCGAAAAUAAGUGUCCGGUUUAGUUGAAAAGGUUACUCUGCAAACUGGGAUUUUGACUGAAGCCGAAUUUAGUCAUACGGUCCGACGAGUAACAAGAAAAUGUCCGGGGCGAACAUUACACGCAACGAGGUCGUGCAGUUUGUACUGCGAAUUUCGCUAGUGUCGAUCGUAACCUACUAUUCGGCCAAAUGGCUAAUGAGGAACCUGGAUCCGACUAACAAAAGCAAAAAGAAGGCAAUCGAAAAGGCGGAGGAUAUUCUUAGAAAACUUAGUCCAAACAUCAAAAAAUCUGCUCUGACAAACCUGAACGAUUACGAACUCGUGAUCGCUUCGCAUUUAGUUGUACCGGAGAAUAUCAGCGUUAGCUGGGAUAGCAUUGCCGGUUUGGAUCAUGUGUGCCAGGAAAUCAAGGAGAGCAUUGUGUUUCCGGUUUGCCAUCGGGAUAUGUUUUCCGCCUCAUCGCUCUAUCAAGCCCCAAAAGGAGUUCUUCUGUACGGACCACCAGGUUGUGGAAAAACAUUGAUUGCUAAGGCCACCGCCAAGGAGGCCGGUAUGCGUUUUAUCAAUCUUGAUGUGGCCAUGUUGACUGAUAAAUGGUACGGCGAAUCACAAAAGCUUGCGUCGGCUGUAUUCUCAUUGGCGGUUAAAAUUCAACCUUGUAUUAUUUUCAUCGACGAAAUUGAUUCAUUUUUGCGUGCUCGUAAUUCCUCUGACCAUGAAGCGACCGCUAUGAUGAAGACGCAAUUCAUGAUGCUAUGGGAUGGUUUGAAUACUGAGUCUGAUUCCACAGUGAUAGUAAUGGGAGCUACUAACCGACCGCAGGACCUGGACAAGGCCAUACUUCGUCGGAUGCCAGCGCAAUUUCAUAUCGGAUUACCGAAUGAGGAGCAAAGACUAAAGAUUUUGCAACUGAUUCUUCGUCAGGAGCGUCUCUCCGAGGACGUUGAUAAUAUUCAAAUGGCUCGAAUGACUAACGGUUACUCCGGUUCGGAUCUGCGAGAAAUGUGCCGGAAUGCGUCGGUUUAUAGAAUCAGAAAAAUUAUGAGAGAGAAAAGUAAGGAGAUGGCAGCGGCAGCUGCAGCAGCAGCCAACGGAAGAAAUGGAUUUGCCAACGGAAACUGCAGUCGAGGUUCACCGAUUGGAUCCCCCGUAUUAGAGGAGCCACCCGCUAUUACUAUGGAAGAUCUAGUUGAAUCUUUGAGAAAUAUGAGACAUUCAAAAUAUAACUCCGCUCAUAUUAAUGAUGCUCGCAUAGAUUUAGACUAAGGUGCGCUCUUUAGCUAACUGGUAGUCAAAUGGAUCAGAACGCUUAUUUAGGAAUGUUCAAAUUUUUAAAUAUAUAUGUUCCAGCGCUGUGCGAUUUUGAUUGUACUUUUUUCCUAAUUGAUGGAAGUUCGGGCGCCGAUCCGCUCCAACACUUUUGUUAUUUGGCACAAGUUAUUUGCUAGUUACAGAGGUAAAUCUAUGUUUAGAUGACCAGAUAUAAAUUACAUUGAAAGAUUAAGAAAUAAAACGAAUGAUAAGCAUAUGAAAAAAUAGCUUUCAUUAGCUUAUAAGACGCUAGUAUCGGCAGAGUUGAUGAAGUUUACUAUUCUUCGACAGUCAGUAAAAUAGUGCGUAGACGUAGAUAUUUAAUUUUAGAAGGGAAAAAUGUUCCGAUGGAAAACGAAUCAUUGAACAAUAUGGAAUAGGGCACUUUAUUGAAGUGUGAGUGAAAAUACAGUUUUAUUUGAUCUAUCUGAUAAUAAAUUCUAUAAAUAUUUAGGGGCGUAAUCAGUUUGUGUAGGAACUUAUGCUAAUAAAGAUCGAAUA